AGAUUGGCCGUGCAGAGGCUGCGCACACUGCAGGAGAAGAAGACCGCACAGGCAAAGGCCGCGAGACGGGACAUUGCACUGCUUUUGGAGAAGGAGAAGAUUGAGACCGCAAGGAUCAAGGUCGAGAAUAUCAUUCAUGAAGAUAUCUACGUUGAGCUCCUUGAGCUUCUCGAGCUCUACUGCGAGCUCUUGAACUCCCGGUUUGGGCUCCUGGAUCAGAAUACCCGUGAGCCAGAUCCCGGUGUCAGUGAAGGCGUCUGCAGCGUGAUAUACGCUGCGCCACGGACAGAACUCAAAGAGCUGCACAUCCUUAGGGACAUGCUCAUGCACAAAUACGGUCGUGACUUCUCUAUUGCAGUGAUGGAGAAUCGCGACAACUGCGUCAGCGACCGGAUUGCGAAGAAGCUGAACGUGUUUACACCGUCAUCAGAGCUGGUAGAUGCGUACUUGUCGGAGAUAGCGAAGGGGUACGGCGUUAACUGGGCCCCUCCCGCCGCUCCG